AUGCGCCCCAGAAGCUGGAAUCUCACAACAGAAAUCCAGGCUUUCCUCUGGAUCCUGCUUGGAUUGUUGCUGUGUGCAGAACCAGGGACAGCAUCCCUGCCCCUCCUCAUGGACUCUCUCAUCCAGGCUCUGGCUGAGCUGGAACAGAAGGUGCCGGUCACUGAGGCCAGCCGCACUGUCUCUGGGUGGCAGCUGUCAGCCCAGAACUCUAGUUCCCAUGAUCCCCUCCAUCACUUCCUGCCAGAGGGACAAAGUUUCAAAGCCACCAAGUUGGAUCCUUCUGCACUGAGCCCAGAGCUGCGAGUCCUGACUGAAGAGGUGGCCCAACACAAUGUGCGGGAUGGACAGGAAUACGGGGUGGUACUGGCACCUGAUGGCUCAACAGUGGCUGUGGAGCCUCUUCUGGCAGGGCUGAGAGCAGGGCUACAGGGGCACCGGGUCAUAACCUUGCCCUUAAACAGCACAGCCACCCCUCCAGGUACCAGAGACACCUUUCCAGAUGUUGGAGCCGUGGUUCCUGAUAUAAGAACCACCUCCCCAGGACUCAAGAAUGCCUCUCCAGAUGUCAGUUCUGCAGAUGUCAGAACUACGUCUCCAAAUGUUAGAGCCACAGAUCUCAAUGUAGGAGCCAUCUUUACAGAUGUCCGAGGCCCCUCUCCAGAUGACCAAACCUCCUCGCCAGAUGCCAAAGCAAAGCCCCCAACCACUGUGGACAACCUCCUGGUGGUCACGUUGGCCAGAGACCUAGGCUUGACCUUCCUCCAGGGCUCCCAGACUCAAAGCUCCCCAAGCCUGGGAGCUGAGGGCUGCUGGGACCAGCUCUCUGCCCCCAGGAACUUCACACUCCUGGACCCUGAGGCAUCACUGCUUACCAUGGCCUUCCUCAAUGGUGCUCUGGAUGGAGUUCUCCUUGGAGAUUACCUGAGCCGGGCCCCUGAGCCCCGGCCACCCCUCAGCCACCUCCUGAGCCAGUACUAUGGAGCUGGAGUGGCUGGAGACCCAGGACUUCGCAGCAACUUCCGACGGCACAACGGAGCUGCUCUGACUUCAGCCUCUGCCCUGACCCAGCACGUGUGGGGUGCCCUCAUCCUGCUACAGAGGCUGGAGCCAGCACACCCUCAGCUACAGGGCAUGAGCCAAGAACAGCUGGCAGAGGUGGCCACCUAUGCCACCAAGGAGUUCAUGGAGGCCUUCCUGGGGUGCCCGGCCAUCCACCCUCGUUGCCGCUGGGGUGCGGCACCAUACCGAGGCCACCCAACGCCGCUGCGGCUGCCGCUCGGUUUCUUAUACGUGCAUCACACGUACUUGCCCGCGCCCCCCUGCACCACCUUUGCGCAUUGCGCGGCCAACAUGCGUUCCAUGCAGCGCUUCCACCAGGAUACGCGUGGCUGGGAUGACAUUGGCUACAGUUUCGUAGUGGGCUCAGAUGGCUACGUGUAUGAGGGCCGCGGCUGGCACUGGUUGGGCGCGCAUACUCUAGGCCACAAUUCCCGUGGCUUCGGCGUGGCCUUCGUGGGCAACUACACCGGGAAACUGCCUGCGGAGGCCGCACUGCGCACGGUGCGCGACCUGCUUCCCAGGUGCGCAGUGCGUGCUGGCUUCCUGCGGCCGGACUACAGGCUGCUUGGCCACCGCCAGCUCGUUCGUACUGAAUGCCCUGGCGAUGCGCUUUUCCAACUGCUGCGCACCUGGCCGCACUUCGAAGCGAAUGUAAAGCCAAGAACUGCCAGGAAGGCCUCUGGGAGAUCAAGAGGAAGCCACCUCCAGUGA